CGUCUCUGCGCAUCCGCACCUAAUAGAUCCCCAGACUGCCGUGCCCUAUCCCCGUUUUCUUUCUUCUCUGCCUUUCCUUUCGCCGUCGUCGACAUUGCAUCCUAUCACUAUCCUCUUUUACACCGCCAAAAUGCAGCUCCGCUAGUUCCCGCGGUCUUCAGUCGAAGCCCUGGGGCUUCCAUUCCACCGCUUCGGCCCUGUAUACAUACCUCCGAGUUCGCCCGCUUCAUAGACUAUCACUAUACCACCCCAUAGAAUGGCACUCUCGAGAGCAGCGAGGGUUAUAUUGGUUGGCGCUCCAGGAGUGGGGAAGGGAACGCAGACGGAGCGCUUGAUGAAGCGCUUUCCGGAAAUCUCCUCUAUAAGCUCGGGCGAUCUCUUGAGGAAGAAUGUCAGGGAAAGAACGCCUCUCGGCGUCCAGGCCGAAGCCAAGAUGAAGGCCGGCGCAUUGGUCCCAGACGCCAUGAUCUUGCGGCUUAUAGUCAACGAACUCACAACACGCGGGUGGAUCCAGGACAGCACAAUAAGACCAUACAACGUGUACUCCAGUUCGAUGAGCCUGGAGAUGGAAGGGACCGUGGACUCCGUUAUGAUCCCUUCGACACUUCGAACGCCAAGGUACAACUAUUCCGACCAUCCAGGCGCGUCCUUUAUCCUCGAUGGCUUCCCAAGAACAGCGCCGCAGGCAUUGCAGCUCAACGACAUCGUCCCCAUCAACAUGGUGGUCAAUAUCCAGACCCCAAGCGAGAUCAUCAUUGAUCGCAUCUGCAACCGUUGGGUCCAUGCGCCGUCGGGGAGGGUCUACAACACCACGUUCAAUCCCCCGCGAGUGCCCGGCAAGGACGAUGUGACGGGCGAGCCGCUCACCAGGCGCGAGGACGACGACCCAGAGGUCUGGAAGGCGCGGUUGAAGGCCUUCACGGACACGAGCCAGUCCUUGCUCGAGCAUUAUGACAAGUUGGGCGUGCUGUGGACUGUGAAUGGGAACAGCAGCGAUGAGAUUUCCCCCAAGAUUUUUGAGCAGUUUGACAAACGAUUUGGCGUUCCGGACCACUGAUAGAUCUGCGUUUUUGAUUGUACUGGUUCCACUUGCAGCGAAUAGCCGCGGGAUUCACGGCGGUGUCCGUCUGGCGGGCUCUUUCCUUUUCAAUUCACUCUGUGUAUAGCUUGACCGACUUGGGUUCAUAGCUGCCGGCCAUGGUUCUUCACCGCUGCAGACCGUUAUUAAUUACACCACGUUCUUUCUC